CCAGGAUGCAGCUUCCUCGUUGGUUGCUAGGCGCAUCUCUGUGCUUGCUAUGCAUCACAGAGGUCUGGACGGCGACCUUCAAGCUGGCUCUGAUUGGCCCGUGGUCAUGUGACCCCAUGUUUUCCCGAGCGAUGCCGACGGCCGCGGCUAACCUGGCGUUGUCACGGUUACGCAGCGACAGCGGCCUAAGCAGAGGAUACUGGUACGACGUGAAACUGCUGGAGGAGGACUGCUCUGUCUCCAAAGCGCUCUCAGAACUCGGAGAGAGAGGUUACGGACACGCCUACAUCGGACCCUUUAACCCCGCCCUCUGUCACGCUGCCGCCUUAUAUGCUGAGCACUGGGAGGCGGGGCUUGCCUCUCCUGGCUGCCUUGACACUAAUUGGCCGAACCUUCCUCCCAUAACUCCUCCCAGUAAAGUCCUGUUCACCGUGCUCAGGUUCUUCCGCUGGGCGCACGUUGCUGUCGUCACAGCUCCGUCCGACCUAUGGGAGAGCACCGGACAGGAAGUGGCCGCCGCCCUCAGGUCUCAAGGACUCUGCCAUGGGUCCGGUGGUCACCAUGGAGUCGAGAAGAACGGUGGACCUCGAGAGGCGCUCAGAGAAAUCCAAGAGGCAGACAAGGUCAAAGUGGUGAUCAUGUGCAUGACCUCCGUCCUGAUUGGUGGAGAGGACCAGCGGAGUCUAUUGGCUGCCCUGGACAUGGGGAUGGUUUGAGGCUACGUGUUUAUUCCAUACGACGCCCUGCUGUACGCCAUGCCGUACCAGGAUACAGUGUUCCCUCAGCUGACCAACAGUACGAAGCUUCGUCACGCCUACAGCGCCGUCAUGGACCGUGACCAUGGCGUCCGACGAAACUUCUACGAAGCUUUCCGUCAGGCUCAAAUGAAGCGAGAGAUCCGCUCAGCUGUGGCCGCCACGGAGGUGUCUCCGGUGUUCGGGACCAUCUUCAACAUGGUGUACUUUGUUGCUAAGGCAGUGGAGGAGCGUCGUCAGGCAGGGGGCGGGCACUGGGUGACGGGCAAUCAGCUCGUCCACUCAGACGGAGGCUUCGACUUCCAGGGUUUCAACCAGGUGUUGUACGGAGGGAAGGAGGGGCGGGGCAUGCAGGCCAGGUACGUGGUGUUGGACAGCAGUGGCGACCGACUCGUACCCACUCACUCCCUCGCGCCGUCACACACAGACGGGACAGUCGGAGGUCUGAGACAGCUGAGUCACUCCUUUAACUUCCCCGGAGGAAAACCCCCCACGGCCAGCUUCUGUUGGUUCGAUCCAGAUGUGACCUGCAGCAGCGGUUUGGACUCAACCACAUUAUUCUUCCUCUUCCUGUUAAUCUGCACUGUGAUUGGACUUAUACUUUCCUGGAUCAA